GGAGGUAAUCGCACCAGCCAGCCGUCAAGUCUGGUUUCACAAAAGGCGUCGAGAAGACUGAAGCUCAUCGCCAUCAAGAAACAAGCAUGUUUCUGAAAAAAAUGUUCGUUUAUUUGUCGACAGUAUGCAUGGUUUGCUACGUUACUGGAGUCGGCAUCUCGCUCAAUGUUCUAAAUCUUUUCUUCCCAAGUCUCGCCAAGAAGCUGAUCCUUAAAAUGGGUGAAAAGACAACCAUGACCCAGAAUCCUAGAUUUAAAUAUGAAGACUGGGGUCUUACUUUCAUGGCUACGACAUUUGUUAAAACCGCCUCUUUGCACAUGUGGCUGUCACUCGGACAGGAAGCUUUUGUGGGAGGAGAAGCUCCAGAUUCAGCUGUGAUCACCAUGGAUAAAGAGAAGACACGAAUCUGCAAUUACUUGAAAGGCAACAGACCGCUGGUGUUGAGCUUUGGAAGUUGUACCUGACCCCCGUUUAUGUUCAAACUUGACGAGUUCAAGCAACUCGUUAGGGACUUCAGGGAUGUCGCCGACUUCCUUGUGGUCUACAUCGCUGAGGCUCAUUCAACAGAUGGUUGGGCCUUUACCAACAACUUUGACAUCAAUCAACACCAAAGCCUUGAGGAGAGGCUGUCUGCAGCACGGAUCCUAGUUCAGAAUGAGCCUCUGUGUCCUGUGGUUGUGGAUGAAAUGAGUAAUGUCACAGCCAUGAAGUAUGGCGCUCAGCCUGAGAGGCUUUAUGUGCUGCAGGCUGGGAAAGUCCUCUACAAGGGGUCUAUUGGGCCUUGGGGCUAUGAUCCACAGGAGGUGCGUUCUUUCCUGCAAAAGAUGAAAUAAGAAGCUUUGUGAAUCAAGCCAUCGCUAAUGCACUCUGAUUUUAAGGGGUGAGCCAUCAGAGGAUGGAGGCUUCUAUCGUGCAACAACUCUGAUUUACUACUUUAUCUUUUUCUUUUAAUAGAAUGAAAUCAGAUUAGCAACUCUGUAGUCCAAAUUAAACUGCUGACAGAGUAUAAAUAUUAUAGUCCUUCAAAAGAUGCAGUAAUGUUACCUGCAGGCCCACCUUGCAUUGUAUGUAUUUCUUAGUGACGGAUACAGAUUAAACCACUGGCCUCUGUAGCCAGAUAAAGAGGAACACAGAGAAGCUGUCUACUCAAGGUUUGUGUUUGAGGUUUGAUAAGAGAUGCUUUCUUUCUUGUAUUCUUCCCCAAAGCUGUUUUUAUUCUUUUGUUUAAAACUCCCUUAAGCUUUAAGUAUAUAAAAAUUCUUGUUUUCCAUAUGCAGAGUCAGUUUUAUUCAUAUGGUCAGUGCCGAUGUGCCACCAUGAUCUAUAUAAUCACACAGAUUUGUCUUUAGCUCUAAAUUAUCCAAAGUACUUCCAUGGCAGACUGUUUUUUCCAUGAAAGUUACAGUGCAAACCUCUGGUAACUGUAAUUUGAUGAAAGAUUACUUAAAAGCAGGUCUUCUCUUAAGUACAUUGGAGAAUUUCUAGUUUAAUGUUGUGAUAUGGUGUAAAAAUCUUGUGACUUUAUGAAUCUUGUUGCACAUUUGCAUUACAGCCAUGUGACUUCAAACUAUUAGAUUUUUUUGGGCUUUUUAUGGCAGCA